AUGGAUUCUGAAAUUUACAACGCAUUUGCUACCCCGAUCACUAUGGCUCAGAAUGUGAACUUAGAAAAUGAAAUGGGCACCAUGCAAAAACCGCCUAAGCUAAUGAAUAUCAAGGAGUAUAGUGGAUGGGAGGAAUGUUUCGAAAAUUGGGUUCAAGCGAAUCACUUAGAGGCGUGGGAAUGUGUUAAAGAACGAUAUGUUAGACCGAUUGAUGAAUACGGAGAGAUUGUUGCUAUUAAAGAGUUAGAUGAAAAAGAGAAAAAGAAAUACAAAAGUGAAAAGAUGAUGAUCAGUAUAUUGCAACAAGCCAUUAAGGAGGACAUCUUGAUCUUAUUGCAACACAACGAAAAUAAUGGUGAAUUUGAGAAUCUAUCGCUGAGCAAGUUUAUUGAAAAACUCGAAGUUCAAGAGAUGGAACAACGGAAGAUGGCGAAAAUGAAGAAUUCUAAUGGUGAACAGGACAUUGGUCUGUACUACAAAGGAAAUUCAACUGCUGAAGAUGAAAUAGUGUAUGCUUAUUACGAAUCUCAGCAAUUCAGUCCUAAAAAGAAAGAAGAAGAAUCAGUUUCAACAAAAGAGGCUUCAGAAAAGGUAAAAUGGAAGAGAUCAAAGAAAGACAUGCUGCGAAAAAAAAAGAAUCAUAAGGCAGCAACUGUUGAAGAAAAAAUCAAACCUGAGGAAAAUGUUCGAGUAGUAAAGAAGGAGGUUAACGAAAUUCCAGCUAUCAAGGUUGAGAAGGAAGCAGAUACUGAAAAGAUACCCCAGAACAAGUCAAGCAAUGAAGAAGAGAUAGCUAUGAAUACACUCAAUGGAGCGUUCAUGACGAAGCAGAAAAUCAUCAAUCAGUACAUUGAGAAAUGUGCUGAACUUGAACAAAAAUUGGAAACUCAUAGGAUAGAAACUAAGAGGGUAAACAGGAUUUACCCUAUAGUAGAAGGCAUGGAAGCGUUUGAAGAGAAGAAAUAUGAAGUAAAGAAUACUGGUGAUUUAGGUAUUCUUACAAGGAGAGUUGUUACAAGUGAUGAUGAAGAGGUUCCGGUGGUGAGAAGACAAAAAGUGAAAGAAGUGCCUAAAUUCAAGGUUGAGGAAGAAGUUGAUGCGAAAAAGAUUCCAGUGAAGCACAUCAACUGA